AAAGCACUUCUCUAUACCUUAACGACGAUUUUUAUGUCUUUCCUCCCCCUCCCCCCACCAAACAAUGUUGUCUACGUUCGCUUUUUAUUUACGGACAUUUUAAAACCAACAUUGUCCAGGGGGAGUGGGAGGAGCGUAAAAUUCGGAGGAGAGAAGUUGAUAAGCAGUAAAACGGCCAAUUUUCUCUACUAGUUUUGUUCCCCGUUAUAGUUAUUUUUUUCGGAGCCUUUCACUAGCGUAUAGAUAAUGAGAAGAUACGUGAACAAAACAAACAACAGUGCGCGUGGAUGAUAAGAAGACGCGUAAUAAUUGGACACAAGGAACAGUGCGCUUAGAGAUAAUGACAAGACGCGUGAACAAUAGGAUACAAAGAACAGUGCGUAUAGAUAAUGAGAAGAUACGUGAACAAUAACACAGAACAGUGCGCGUGGAUGAUAACAAAAACGCGUAAUAAUUGGACACAAGGAACAGUGCGCUUAGAUAAUGACAAGACGCGUGAACAAUAGGAUACAAAGAACAGUGCAUAUAGAUAAUGAGAAGAUACGUGAACAAUAACAAAUAACAGUGCGCGUGGAUGAUAAGAAGACGCGUAAUAAUUGGACACAAGGAACAAUGCGCUUAGAUAAUGACAAGACGCGUGAACAAUAGGAUACAAAGAACAGUGCGCGUGGAUAAUGAGAAGAUACGUGAACAAUAACAAACAACAGUGCGCGUGGAUGAUAAGAAGACGCGUAAUAAUUGGACCAAGGAACAGUGCGCUUAGAUAAUGAAGAGACGCGUGAACAAUAGGAUACAAAAAACAGUGCGCGUGGAUAAUGAGAAGAUACGUGAACAAUAACAAAGAACAGUGCGCGUAGAUGAUAAGAAGACGCGUAAUAAUUGGACACAAGGAACAGUGCGCUUAGAUAAUGACAGGACGCGUGAACAAUAGGAUGCAAAGAACAGUGCGCGUGGAUGAUGAGAAGAUACGUGAACAAUAACAAAAAACAGUGCGCGUAGAUGAUAAGAAGACGCGUAAUAAUUGGACACAAGGAACAGUGCGCUUAGAUAAUGACAAGACGCGUGAACAAUAGGAUACAAAGAACAGUGCGCGUGGAUAAUGAGAAGACGUGUGAACAAUGGGAAACAAAGAACAGUGCGCGUAGAAAAUGAGAAGACGUGUGAACAAUGGGAAACAAAGAACAGUGCGCGUGAAUAAUGAGAAGACGCGUGAACAAUUGAAAACAAAGAACAGUGCGCGUGGAUAAUGAGAAGACGCGUGAACAAUGAGAAACAAAGAACAGUGCGUAGAUAAUGUAUAUACGUGCGCGUAGGUAAGGGGAAGACGCGUGAACAAUGGAAAACACAGAACAGUGCGCGUAGAUAAUAAUGAGACGCGCGAACAAUAGAAAACAAGGAAAAGUGCGCGUAGAUGAUAAGACGGGUGAACAAUGGGAAACAAUGAACAAGAGAAAUCCUCCGCCGUUGCUCCAAAGGUGUCUACUAUGAACUCCCUGAUGACGGUCGCGCGGGGCCUUGACGUGAGUCUAACUUGUCUCUUCACUGGGUCCCCUCUACCGCGAGUUACAUGGUCUAAGAAUAGCCGUGAGCUUAUACGCCAAGGGCGCGUACGUGAGACGAGCGAGACGAGUCUUGUCGCGUCCCUGGAGCUACAGGGUGUAUCCUCGGACGACGAUGGUCUGUACGUGUGUCGUGGAUGGAACCUUGCGGGGAUGGCAUCGGGAAAUAUCACGCUUAUGGUGCGAGGUCCACCCAGCAAGCCAGCCAAUCUCAUGGUCAACCAGACGUCUCCUACCACCGUCCACAUUACCUGGUAUCCAGGAUAUGAUGGUGGCUCCACUGCUUGGUUUUCCGUAGAAUACAAGCCAAGUCCAAUACAAUCUAAUUCUUCCUGGACAGUAGUGGAAGCUGGUACUAACACCACGCUGGUGUUGACCAGGAAGCAGGGCUGGGGUUCGGUGGUGUUUCGUGUCUGGGCCAUGAACAAGUACGGUAGCAGUGACCCAAGUCACAAGUUCAACCUUCAAGGAUCUAGAAGUGCCAAUAAAGAGGUGGACCAAGUGUUGCCUCCCCAUGCUAGCCCCCAGACCAGUGGGGCCGUCAUUGGAGGGGCCGUGGGAGGCGUGCUGUUAUUGGUCCUUGUGCUCCUUAUCCUAUUGGUGCUGUGGCGGCGACGGAGUGCUCAGAAAAUGCGCGCGACCUUGUCAUCGUCUCCUUCCGUGAGAUACACGUCGGCUCGUCCCGCAGACGAGGAUGCGAGCUACUCGUACGUGACAGUGCGACAAGACUAUGACGUGCCAGGAGCGGCCUCGGCAGUGGAUGGCAACUUAUACGACUCGCUUGGCAAGCCCAUCAACUGGGAGGUGCCUAAGAGGUGUCUGACCAUUGGUAAAGUGAUUGGGAAGGGCCACUUUGGCAAGGUUCAUAGGGCCGUCAUGAAAACAAAGAGCGGGAACAGGAUAGUGGCAGUCAAGAUGCUUAAAGAUAACGUGGAUGCCGUGCACAUGAAGGACUUCUUGGCGGAAUUGGAGCUGAUGAAGUCCCUAGCUCCUCACCCCAACAUCGUAUGUCUGCUGGGCUGCUGUACUAAAGGGGACAGCUCGUACAUCAUAGUGGAGUACUGCUCGCUUGGAAAUCUGCUGGACUUUCUUCGCAAGAGUCAAGGCAACCGGAUCUACUCAAACCUUGCGGGCGGAAGCCUGACACUUACGUGCAGGGAUCUACUUUCCUUCAUGUGGCAAAUAGCGCGUGGAAUGAGCUACCUCGCCAGUCUAAAGCUCGUCCAUCGUGACUUGGCCGCUAGGAACAUACUAAUGGACAAGGGAAAUGUCUGUAAGAUCGCUGAUUUUGGUCUUGCGCGAGACAUUUACCAGGAAAACCAGUAUCUUAAGACUACGGAGGGCGAGCUACCGCUGCGGUGGAUGGCCUAUGAGUCCAUCUUCAAGGGAAUCACGACGAUUGAGAGUGACGUAUGGUCAUUUGGUGUUCUGAUGUGGGAAAUAGUCACAUUAGGUGCCAACCCAUACCCCGGGAUGACGCGAGAGCAGUUGAUCAGCAACCUCCACCUUGGCUACCGCAUGCCAAGACCUGACUACUGCUCAGAGGAGCUUUAUGCAGUAAUCUGGGAAUGUUGGCAGCUGGACCCGACUGUUAGACCAACAUUCUCAAUGCUUUGCCGAACCCUCAACAGAAUGCUCUCUGCUGAAAAGAUACUUAUUGACCUGAGCACGUUUGACUCCGAAUAUGUGAACUCCACCAACAAAGAUGACGGAGAGAAAUCUCCUACAACCCCAUUGGUCAGUCCAAACCCAACUGCGUGAACGUCAUUGGCCAGUCGAGAAACGUGACAGUCACGCGUUAUAACUAAAACGUUAUGCAAUGAAGUAUUAUUAUAACGUGACAGCAAGUAUGUCACAUGAAAACCGGUGUGUCAAAUGACAAGCAAAAUGCAUCUGAAACCGUAGCUGGUUAAUGACGUUUUCGCAUCAAAACAAAGUUGGACUACAUUGUUGUUGAUGUUGGAUGGAACAUCAAAGAAACAGGACGUUGUUUUUGUCCUUCUUGAGGCAUAAGAAAAGAACAUUCUGUUAACAACGCAGUGCGAACUUUGAUAUACAAGGCAUAUUGCCAUAUGGCAAGAAAGACACGCUUGGUGGAAGUGCGGCAAUUAUGUUUGUGAGUAUGGUAGACCACAAAAAAGACUAUAAAAAUUUACAAUUCUAGUGUAGGAUCGCGACUUUUUUAAUUAUAUAGUAGGUUAGGGGAAUUCUCCCUGUCACUUUUUUAAACGUUAUUUUUAUUUUUGAAAAAGUGUGACAAAACCAUUAAAUCACUUACUUCUUGAAAAUGGUAGCACUUUUACAAACCUGUACAAACUGAUUUUAAUUUUUUAAUUGAUAUUGUGAAUUAAUAUUUUCGUAAUUAAUAUUUUACCUGUAUCAGGGCAAAGUAUGGCAAAAGAGAUUGGAUCAAAUAUCUGUACAUAUAUUACUUUUAUAUUUUAGUGACGAAGUGUAUAAAGGUACUCAGCCCAAAGAAAAACAAAUCUCGCAAUCAUUCAAAAAGCAUUUUUAUAACUUGUUUUCUUUACUUAACAUACUUAUCCAGGCAAUAUAUAGCAAUGAAAGAUACACCAAGAAGUAAAAUACUCUUAAUUAGUCAUUGAUCUGGAUGAAUAAAACUAACGUAAAGCAGAAA